GCGGCAUAGGUGUCAAUUCGAGUCAGGUGGCAUGCUCUAACCUCAAAACAGUUUUUAUUUGACGUUGAGAGGACAGACAUAUGCUACCAUCGUAAUGGUUUUACUGGAAAACGAUGCGUUUUUAGUCGAGCUAACACGUCUUUUCGAAAAAUCACGACUUUCCGGUGCUGUGUCAUUGACCAUCAAAAGGUUUAAUGGACACAAUAAGCCAGUACCCCGGAAAGGGAGGCCACCUUUGCCAACUCCCACGGAAUAUCUUUGCCUAGUUCGUGCCUCUUUGAGAUCGAAGAAGAUCUCGACAGUUAUUCAUUCCAAGGAUGUAAACAAAUUCCAGCAGGCGUACUGGAAUCUUCUCAAAACGAAUAUAAAUGGACUGAAGAAAUUGAAGAAAGUCAAAUCUGCAAAACCGAAAGCUCACUGAGGUUUUUGUAUUUAACACCUUCUAAUGUUGAUAAGUACCACACGCCGAUUAUUAUUUUUUUUAUACUAUAUCGUAUUGUAUACUAUUUACUCGUUUGCAAUGGAGAGUCGAUUUAAGGAAUAUAGGUAAUAAAACACGGUUUAACGAA